GAUAUGGAAGAGGUGCUAGUGAACCAGCCGAAAAUCACGGACAUCAACGGAAAUGUGAUUGGAAAUUUGGGGACGAUAACUGGUGGAUCGUUAGUUGUUGGAUCAAAAAGAGAUCGGGAAAAGGACGAGAUCGACAACUUCUUUCAAAGUCCUUCCAAACGACAAUCAUCCAAUCUGUUUUUGCGGAAAUUGGAAAUUGAACAAGAUAUUUCCAACGAAACGGGCAACGAG